CGACGUCGUAACGUAGAAACGUCUAUAGUCAUGACGUACGAAAGGGAAUGGCCUUAUUUUUCCUUUUCUUUUCCUUUUGGGUGAUUCAUUGCGUAACAGCGAAUCCAUGCAAUAGCUUCGAGACAUUCCACGACACGUGCAGCCGGCUCGUACUCAACGAAUGGCGUGAGUCUUUAGAGGUCCCACUUAAUGAUGCCUACCUUCCCGUCUACAACUAUUACGGAACGCCAGGCUACAUGCUGGCUAAUAGACCUCCGUCUUGGAAACACUGCGGGACACGCUUUCCCAUGUGGGUCAAAGAUUUGCCAGCAAGCGGAGCUACAGGAACCAGCCAAGUUUUGACCGCGUGUGUUGUCUCCCCUGGGUCUAAUUGUUACUAUAGCUACAAGGUCCGAGUUAUUUUCUGUAGAGAUCUCCAAAUCUACAAACUGGAGCGUCCAACCAUUGAUGCAGCUUACUGUCUGAAUGUUACAAAAAAUCAACAAGCCGAUUUUUCGUGCACAUGCAAGAAACUUGAUGGUAUAAUUACCUGCAAAAACAGAUUUUUUAAUUACUGUGCCAACAAUGUGUGUCAAAAUGGAGCCACGUGUGUCAAUGGAUACAGCACCUACUCCUGCAAGUGUCCACGUGGAUACACCGGAAAGUACUGCCAAAAAGAUCCAUGUAUGGACUAUUCAUCAUUUUCCAACAUCUGCAAGCGGCUUGUUCAGAAUCAGCUCCGUUCAGUGGCCAUCCCUCUUAGCGACUCUAUGAUCUCCCCCUGGAAGUAUUUUGGAUCUGCCGGCUACAGACUGACUGGGAAACCACCUGCACUAGGUCACUGUGGAACAAGGCAUCCUGUAUGGGUCAGAGAUUUACCAGCAUCAGGCUUCAUCGGACAGAGUUCGGAUUACGUGGCGUGCGUCGUCAUGGGCCAGUACAAAUGUUACAGAACACUGAACGUCACGGUUCACUUCUGUCGAGGCAUACAGAUCUACAAGCUGGAUCAGACAGAAGCCUCUUCAGCCUACUGCCUCGAUGUUGUGGACAAAGACAUUGAUUCAUGCGUCUGUGUGGAAAAGAGUGAUGGAAUGCACUGUAGAGAUUACAACGAUGAUGAACAAGAAACCACAAUGGACUGGGAACCCAAAACCACCAAAAACUGGGAACCCAAAACCACCAGAAACUGGGAACCCAAAACCACCAGAAACUGGGAACCCAAAACUGAAGGAAUCUGGCAACAAUGGGAACCAGCAACAAAACAAGAGUCAACCACAUCCAGAGUGAUAGUUGAAGACUCCUGCAUCAGUAAUCCCUGUUUCAAUGGUGGCACGUGUAUAGCUGAUAUGGCCAGGUAUACCUGCAGAUGUCCAGCACAUUACUUUGGAAAACGAUGUGAAAGGAAAAUAGCUGUUUACCCCUGUCUCAGCAACCCGUGUCAGAAUGGCGGCACGUGCUCAGUCAGUGGUGACUCCUUUACCUGUCAGUGUACGAGUGAAAAUGUCGGAAAUCGUUGUCAGUACAAAAAAGGACCAUGUUCCAACUAUGUGUCCUUCUCAAAUGUGUGCAAGAGACUAGCUCGGAGCAAGUAUCGGUUGUCCGAGGUUGCCAUUAGCGACCACAACAUUCCGUUGGAGUAUUUCGGAGCUGUAGGGUAUAAACUGCUUGGAUCUUCACCUUUAUCGACUGAUCGGUGUGGAACGCUGUACCCAGUGUGGAUUGAAGAUUUGCCAGAGCAGGGGGCCAGUGGGCAAAGCAUCGAUGUUACGGCCUGUGUCGUCGGCCAAACGGGCGAUUGUACUAUGACCAUGAAGGUGACAGUUCAUUUUUGUCCAGAACUGCAAGUCUAUCAACUGGAGUCAACAUUGGACGAUUCGGCUUAUUGCUUAGCUCCUGAUAACAACGCCUGUCUGAACUCGAGCACCUGUACAGGUAACGUGAUUACCUGUCGUUGUUUGGAAGAAGAUGAAGGGCAAAUACACUGUAACGAUAUUGUCAACUUCUGUGCCAAUCAUCAAUGUAAGAACUAUGCUGCAUGUGUCAAUGCUGUGGAGACGUAUGUCUGCAAGUGCACAGAAGGUUACUAUGGUGAAUACUGUGAAAAUGAGGAAACAUCCUAUUCUUCAAUCCUAGGAGCUAUCCUGGCAAUAUGUUUAAUCCUUCUUGUCAUCACUGUCUGCUUGAUAUUUGGAUUGAUAGAGCUCAUCGAGAUUAACUCAAAGAAGCAGCAUGCGAGAACACAGGAUGUUGGAGCACAAAGCGACCAGCCAUUCUUGAUUGAGAAGGGCCAGUCUACGAGAUGGCGGAUAAUCAAUCAGAUUUUCAAACUGCAUGUCAACAGACUGUCAAAUCUGGGGCAGCAAGCUAAAGAUUGGUUUACCAAUCUGUUUGAUGAACAAGUCUCGAAGAAAGAUGGGUACUCGUCUGAGAAAUCCGAAAUCACGUACCAUGCUGGUGCCACUGAUGGUAGUGAUGCUGAGGACAAUGAUGAUGAUGAUGGUGAUGAUGAUAAUGAUGAUGAUGAUGAAGGUGAUGAUGACAAUAGUGAUGAUGAUGAUAACAAUGAUCAAGAGUCAUCAGAAUCUGAAUCUUUAGAGAGUGCCAUCAAUGUGUCUUCAGAAGAUAGUGUGAAAGAAGCUGCGAAAAAGGCACGUAUGCAAGAGUGGGGAGUGUACAGGAAUUUGAUGGGAGGUGUGGCAAAGAUAAAACGGACUGGCAGUGAUCUUACUCCAUACAAGUGUGAUCAUUUGAGAGUGCCAAUGCCCAUUGAGUACAGACAAUUGAUGGGAGAAUCGCCAGAAUCUUUGUCAUGUUUCAGGAGUACAAAACCACAGGCUGAUUUGAAUGCUCUGCACGGUGAUGGAGAUCUUCAGGGUAUAGAUGCUUUCAAGACUGAUGUGGUUACUAUAGAUGCUCUCAAGACUGAUGCAGUUACUACAGAUUCUCUCAAGAGUGAUGGAGUUACUAAAGAUUCUCUCAAGACUGAUGGAAUUACAGAUGCAUCACCAAAGAGUAAAGCUGAUGAUACUGUUCCAUUAGUCAAACAUGUGAAGAAGCGCCAGAAAUAUCCCUGGUGUCCCAGCUGCGGUUCUAAGACCCACUCUUCAUCCGAAUGUACAGUUGUGUCACAAACACUAGCCGUUCCAGAUGCAUCACCAACACUGGCCGAUCCAGAUGCAUCGCCAGAACCAAAUAUUCACAGUCAAGUAACGGAUUCGGUAAACUACACAGCAAUGGCAGUAGCGGUACCCAGGAGAAGAGAUGGUGAUGAGUUUCCUAUCGGUACGACUGAGAUGGUGAAAGAACCAGGACUGCAAUUUUCUUACUCCAUACCAAUGGCAGGCUGGUCUGAUGAAAUGUUGCCCAAGGGUAGAACCGAUAACUCCAUCCCAGUAAACAGAGGUGAAGGGAACUAUCAGUCUUUGUCCGUAACUUCUAUUGGUAAUGGUGAGCAAAGUAAUGUGCCCAGAUAUCUGAGUCAUGAGCCACGUUCUGUUUCCGAGAGUGUGCUACAAGCAGCUGCAGUCGGAUUUGCACCAUCAGACAACAGUUUAGUUCCACAACCAAAGAAACACGAGAACGUGCCCUUCACUUCUUGGUGUGCCUGGUGUGGAUCCACCAAACACCUUUCUGCCAACUGUAGUUUCAAUGAAUCUUUGAAAGUGGACACACUGUCGAAGGAAAAUGUACAGAAAGUUGACAUGAAAGAUGAAUUGGCAGCCAGAUCGCCUUCGGCCCCUGAAGUCUUGACCAUCACAUCCUUAACUGCUUUUCCAGAAGACAAUCUGGAAUCUGCAAAUUCGAAGAGCUGUCCAAAUUAUGGUCCAGUGGAAAACGAACUGGGCCAGAUGCAAGGACAAAAUCCAUUGGAAGGUCCUUUCACUGAGGUGUCUUCAGUGGAACGUCCUGUCUUCCAGAGUUUUAGUGAUACUGCUUUGGUACAGACAGGUGAGAUAGCUGAUGAUGAAAGAGAAGAUGCGUUACCCAGGCCAACACAAGGUAACACCAAUGAAUUGAUCCCAAUACAUCAGAGAAGUAAGAAGAAGAACCAGAAAUCUCCCUGGUGUCCAUGGUGUGGCUGCAGUGGCCACUCUUCCUCGGGAUGCAGUUCCAAUGGCUCAGUGCCUAGGUUUGAACCACAAACUGUUCAGGAGACACAGCAAGCAAAUAUGGAUGUGCAGGAGACACCACAGAAUGACGAGAAAUACCCUACGAACACAUAGCAUACAGGCCAUCAUCUUUUGUCUCAGUGUGAUCCACCCUUCCCAUUAGUAAUAUCUUUGUCAGUGCUUAGUGUAACAUGGGGUGAGUGUGAUAGAUCCACCCUUCCCACUAGUAAUACCUUUGUCAGUGCUUAGUUUAAUAUGGGGCGAGUGUGAUAGAUCCACCCUUCCCAUUAGUAAUAUCUUUGUCAGUGCUUAGUUUAACAUGGGGUGAUUGUGAUAGAUCCACCCUUCCCACUAGUAAUACCUUUGUCAGUGCUUAGUUUAAUAUGGGGCGAGUGUGAUAGAUCCACCCUCCCCAUUAGUAAUACCUUUGUCAGUGCUUAGUUUAAUAUGGGGUGAGUGUGAUAGAUCCACCCUUCCUACUAAUAAUAUGUUUGUCAGUGGUCAGUCUAACAUGGCGUGGUAUGUUGGUUUUUUGUCUUUUUAAAUCUACAAUCAAGAGGAACAUAAUCAUGUACUCAAAUGUACUCUUUAUGUGGUUAUUCAUUUUGCAGUCUGUGUGUGUGUGUGUGUGUGUUUGGUCAUGUAAGAGUCGGUCAAUUACAGCCAAACAUUGUGUUUAGGUCAUAAUUUAUUAUGCCUUGUGUUUGGUGACGAGUAGAGUAUGACUGCAGCCCUCAUAGUACCCACAGUUAAAUACAAAAAUGUGCACUUACCAUUAUUACUAUGGUGGUUUCCACUUCACAGUCGUCACCUACAAAUACAUUAAUAUGUCCCUUUGCAAAUCCCAUCAGUGUAUGAUAUAUGAAUUUUAAUUAUUAAUAUUACUUUUUAAGAGUAUUAAAUCAUGGAUGAGGUAAACAGAUCUUGGGUCAUUCCAGAAUAAAUAUAAUAUAUACAUUUUUAAUAUAUAUUUAAAAUUAUCAAUAUCUUGUGAACAUUUUAGGCCUGAAUAUACUGGAAAAACCACAAACGAAACGCACAUAUUUUAGUAUAUACAUGUACAUGUGUAGAUAUAUAUUUUUAUGAUAGAAUUAAUUUGGUAAAUAGAUUAUCAAAAUGAGCACAAGGUUGUACAUGCCAUGUUCAUGCUGUCACUAAGGAUGCAGUUUAUCUAUAGGUUUAUUUCGAUUAUUGAGAAAAGUGUCUUAUGAAUAAGAGUAAAAAAAUGUCCUACAUUUCUAAUAGGCCAAAUAAAACAAUAUGUGCGAAUCUGGUUACAUGUGGAAAGCUAUAGGGUAAGUAGUUAGAAUAUAACUUUUUUAAAUUGGUUUUUAUUCCUAAAAUAUGUCAAACUGGUCUUGGCAAAGAACAAUAAAAUAACAUUUUAAACAAAUGCGUCCUUUCACCGUUUUUAAGAUCGGUAGUUGGAAAAAAAUUUAGGGUCAGCGAAAAUAGGGGAAGGGGAAUUAGUGUCUGUUUGGGUAACCAGAACCAGACAUAUGUUUUUUAUUUGGCCUUAUAACUGAAGUUUUCAAAUAAUAGCAAUAAAAUAUUUUAAAGUCA